AUGGAGAAAUCAAAAGAAGAAGCAAUGAGUAUAGAAACACCUGAUGAGCAAGAAAUAAAGGAUAUCUCUCAUAGUACAGACAAUAAAAUAGAAGAUACUCAGAAAGAAACUAAACAAGCAACUACUUUCUCAGAAACAGAACUUAUGACAAGAGAUAAGCUUGCAUUAGAUAGCCCAUCUUUUAAAGAUAAUAACAAAGAAAAUAACCCUCCUUAA